CGGGGGCUUCCCGGGGCCCCGUCCCCUGGGUUGGGGACGCGCCGAAUGUGACCGCCUCCCGUUCCUUCACCCGCCGCAGGGAGGAGGAGCGGACGCGAAGCCGCCGCCGGACGACUAGACGGACGCAGGGGCGGCCGGGCUCCCUCAGGAUGCAAGCCUGGGUACUCUGAUACUGGAUGCCGGUGUCCCAUGCAGCAUCACCAGGUUUGAGCAUUAUUUCAGCUGCAUCAAUGGAGCACAUACAGGGGGCUUGGAAGACGAUCAGCAAUGGUUUUGGAUUCAAAGAUGCAGUGUUUGAUGGCUCCAGCUGCAUCUCCCCCACGAUAGUUCAGCAGUUUGGCUAUCAGCGUCGGGCGUCAGAUGAUGGCAAACUCACAGAUUCUUCUAAGACAAGCAACACUAUCCGUGUGUUCUUGCCAAAUAAGCAACGAACAGUGGUCAAUGUGCGAAAUGGGAUGAGCUUGCAUGACUGCCUAAUGAAAGCGCUCAAGGUGAGGGGCCUGCAGCCGGAGUGCUGUGCUGUGUUCAGACUCCUCCAUGAACAUAAAGGUAAAAAAGCACGUUUAGAUUGGAAUACGGAUGCCGCCUCCUUGAUUGGAGAAGAACUUCAAGUAGAUUUCCUGGAUCACGUUCCCCUCACCACACACAACUUUGCCCGAAAGACGUUCCUGAAGCUUGCCUUCUGUGACAUUUGUCAAAAGUUCCUCCUCAAUGGAUUUCGAUGUCAGACUUGUGGCUACAAAUUUCAUGAGCACUGUAGCACCAAAGUACCUACUAUGUGUGUCGACUGGAGUAAUAUCAGACAGCUCUUAUUGUUUCCAAACUCCACCAUUGGUGAUAGUGGGGCCCCAGCACUACCUUCUUUGACGAUGCGUCGGAUGCGAGAAUCUGUUUCCCGGAUGCCUGUUAGUUCCCAGCACAGAUACUCCACACCCCAUGCCUUCACAUUCAACACCUCCAGUCCCUCCUCAGAAGGCUCCCUGUCCCAGAGGCAGAGGUCGACGUCCACACCUAAUGUCCACAUGGUCAGCACCACCCUGCCUGUGGACAGCAGGAUGAUUGAGAAUAACAGCCUGAAUGCUUCUCCCAGGGCGUGGUCCAGACGGUUUGGUUUGAGGGGAAGAGAUGCAAUUCGAAGUCACAGUGAAUCAGGCUCACCUUCAGCCCUAUCCAGCAGCCCCAACAAUUUGAGCCCAACAGGCUGGUCACAGCCCAAAACCCCUGUGCCAGCACAGAGAGAACGGGCACCAGGAUCUGGAACACAGGAGAAAAACAAAAUUAGGCCCCGUGGACAGAGAGAUUCCAGCUAUUACUGGGAAAUAGAAGCCAGCGAAGUGAUGCUCUCCACUCGGAUUGGAUCUGGCUCCUUUGGAACUGUUUAUAAAGGCAAAUGGCAUGGAGACGUUGCAGUGAAGAUCCUUAAGGUCGUCGACCCAACCCCAGAGCAGCUGCAGGCCUUCAGGAACGAGGUGGCUGUCCUGCGCAAAACACGGCAUGUGAACAUCCUACUCUUCAUGGGGUACAUGACAAAGGACAACCUGGCAAUUGUGACCCAGUGGUGUGAGGGCAGCAGCCUCUAUAAACAUCUGCACGUCCAGGAGACCAAGUUCCAGAUGUUCCAGUUAAUUGACAUCGCCCGCCAGACAGCACAAGGCAUGGACUACUUGCAUGCAAAGAAUAUCAUUCACAGAGACAUGAAAUCCAACAAUAUAUUCCUCCAUGAAGGCCUAACGGUGAAAAUUGGAGAUUUCGGUUUGGCAACAGUAAAAUCACGGUGGAGUGGUUCCCAGCAGGUCGAACAACCUACCGGCUCCGUCCUGUGGAUGGCUCCAGAGGUGAUCCGAAUGCAGGAUAACAACCCCUUCAGCUUCCAGUCUGACGUCUACUCGUACGGCAUCGUGUUGUACGAGCUGAUGACAGGGGAGCUUCCCUACUCCCACAUCAACAACCGGGAUCAGAUCAUCUUCAUGGUGGGCCGGGGCUAUGCCUCCCCGGAUCUCAGCAAGCUCUACAAGAACUGCCCGAAAGCCAUGAAGAGGCUGGUGGCUGACUGCGUGAAGAAAGUUAAGGAGGAGAGGCCUCUUUUCCCCCAGAUCCUGUCCUCCAUCGAGCUGCUCCAGCACUCUCUGCCGAAGAUCAACCGGAGCGCCUCUGAGCCAUCCCUCCACCGGGCAGCCCACACUGAGGACAUCAAUGCUUGCACGCUGACCACGUCCCCGAGACUGCCCGUCUUCUAGUGACUGCACCUGCGCUCAGGCAGCCGGGCAGGUAGGGACGUCCGCAGGCACCACUUCUCUGCUCCCUUUCUUGGGCGCAGAGCGCAUGUUUUCAGAGAAGCUGCUGCUGCUAAGGACCUUCGAGACUACUCACUGGGCCUUCACUUCACGUUGCCUUCUUUUCUACCCUUUCUGGCCCUGGGAGAAGGAAGCCAUUCACCAUGCUGGCCUGUCCUGCUCGCCCCCUCGUUCUCGGGAGCGCGCAGAGCCCAGCCUUCUCCGGCUGCAUUAGUAGAUACAGAUGGCAAUACAGGAGGCGGCCGCGCUGUCAGCUCAGUGAGUCGUCUUGAGAGAGGAAGCUUACUCCAAGGGGAAGUCAAGGCAGCCGGCCAGCCCUCUGGUGGGAGGAUGCACGGGAGGUGCCAUCCGCUCCUGAGAGGAAUGCGGCUCGCAGCAGGGACUCCGUCAGAGCUGGUGCAGCCCAGUUUGCACAUACUGCACCAGACAGCCCAGGACUGCCCGGAGGAGCUGCUUCGGUACUACGGGAGGUGACUGGGGACAGCCCCUGCGGGCCCAGCGCGCUGGGACGGCUUUCCGAGCAAGGCCCUCCCCAUCUCCACCCUCUCAGGGAGCAGUCUUCCGUCAUGCUGAAUUUCGUCUUCCAGGAGCUGCCCCUAUGGGGCGGGCUGCACAGCCAGCCUUGUCUCGACUCAUAUCAUUGUGUAUGCAAGGAAGCCAGUAAUAAGAGGUUUUCUUGAUGAUUUGGGUUUUAAUUUUGUUUUUAUUGCGCCUGACAAAAUACAGUUAUCUGAUGGUUCCUCAAUUAUGUUAUUUUAAUAAAAUAAAUUAAAUUUAGCUUUAA